AUGUCCACAGCAUUAGUGAAACAAGCUUUAGCAUUUGUUGAUCCUGAAGAAAACGACACUAAGAAACGCAAGCGUGCCCGAGUAAACCAACGUUUGAAGUCGGGUCAAGGAAGCUCUCAUUCACACAAAAGGGAAAAUAAAAAAAACAAGACAGAUAUACCACCUGAAGGAGACAGAGUAGAAAGCAAUAUAAGGAAGUUGCUCGCACUUUCUGCUCCUGUGUCCAAGCCGGAGGUGGCUCAAAAGAUUCUUGAACGAGCAGUGAAAGGCAAACCAUUGCUAGAAAGAGUCGAGAAGAAAGUCGAAAUAGAACAGUCCAUAUUAUUCCCUGAAGAAACUUUUAAAAGUUUUGAAAACUCAUACUUUUGCAAAUAA